AUGACGAAAACAGCGCCGAAAGUGGUGGAGGCUAACGGAACGGGCAAGGCAGGGAAGCCCGUCAAAGAGAAGCGAAGGAACAAUGAAAAACGCAAGGAGAAAUCUCGUGAUGCGGCACGCUGCCGGCGUUCGCGUGAGACGGAGAUAUUCCAGGAUUUGGCCAGUUUGCUCCCGAUGCGUCCAGAAGAGGUCGAGCAUUUGGACAAAGCGUCCGUGAUGCGUUUAUCGAUCGCAUUCCUCAGGGCGCGCAAUAUGCUGGAACUCUUUCCAGAUUUGCAAUCCGAAGGGAAAAUCAAAGUCAAGGAAGAUAACGACGUUUCAAUGGAUUCGAUGGAUGAGUUUAACUGCAAUGAAACUAAGCUGAGCCUGAAAACUCUUGGCCUGGAACCAGAAACAAUAGCGCUGCAAACCUUGGACGGGUUUUUGAUUAUUCUCUCGGCGGAUGGCGACGUAACGUACAUUUCGGAAAAUGUCAGUGAAUACCUUGGCAUUUCACAGAUCGAUAUCAUGGGUCAACCAAUCUGGGAUUACAGCCAUCAGUGCGACCAUGCUGAGCUGCGGGAAGCCCUGAACGGACGUCACCACUCACCGUCGGAGCUUCUGAACGGUGUGGCGAACAGCGAUUGCCGCCCGAUGGAAAAUCGUGAUUUCUUCCUGCGGCUGAAGUGCACCCUGACAAGCCGCGGUCGCAGUGUCAAUAUCAAAAGCGCCUCGUACAAGGUGCUUCACGUAACCGGUCAUAUUGCGUGUAAAGAUAAGGAGGGUCAGCGUCAGCUGGUAGCUAUCGCUCGUCCUCUUCCGCAUCCGGCAAACAUUGAGGUACCGCUUGGAUCGAGCACUUUUCUCACGCAACAUACGCUGAGCAUGAAGUUCAGCUACGUUGAUGACAUGAUGCUUUCGCUGCUUGGAUACCAGCCUUCGGACUUGCUUGGAAAAUCGUUGUACGAUUGUCACCAUGGCACUGAUGCAGAGCAUUUGAUGGCUACGUUCAAGCAUGUUAUCAGCAAGGGACAAAGUGAAACAUGCCGCUACCGUUUUCUGGCCAAGAACGGUGGUUAUGCUUGGGUCGUCACACAAGCCACCGUCAUAUACGACAAGCAAAAACCGCACAGUGUUGUAUGCGUCAACUACGUCCUAAGUGGUGUGGAGAACAAAGAUGACAUUUUAUCGUGUGCACAACUGGAAGCACGCCAGCAACAACGUUUGUCAGAAGAAGCAGAACAGUGUAUCGAAAGCGGUAACAAUAGUGUCGUGUGUAGCAGCGACCAGUUGUCAAUUGAACAGCGUCCAGCAGCGAUUUCUCUGCCGUGCAUCGCCAGCGCUGGUCGAGAGCAAGUGAAAGCAGAAGAAACAGUACCAAUCCCAGUGCGUACGUGCAUCGCUGAACCAUCGUACGUUGAACUUAUCGCCGCUAGCAGUGCUGAACAAGCUGAACGCAUCGAGCCAGCUGGUGGAAAGGUGUUGUUGUGUGUGAAGAACGAUACAUCGGCGGUAGCGUCGAGUGAACCUGUGCAGGGCUCUCGAAUCUUGCGCGAGCUAAACAGCAUUCCGACCGUGCCGAAACCAACAUCAAGCAGCCGUCCGGUAUCAGUUACGGCGUCAAUCUUUACCAGCCUCCCGGCUGGAGCAAGGGGUUCCGGAUCGGAACCAUCGCGUGCUUUUGCCAAGCCAACGGUCAACGGUACGUCACCGCAACAGCAACCGUCGGUGACCGCACCACUGCAGUCCGUUACGGCGAAGCUGUUCGUGGCGCUUCCUCCGACAGCCGGUGGCGCUAAUACGACGAGCUGUAACGCCGGCAUUAGCGGUGGAGUCAGCGGUAGCAAACCUCAGCACGCCACCGAAAAAAUAUUCGCCCCACGGACGGAAGAUAUGAAUAAAGGAUUCUUGAUGUUCUCCGAGGAAGAGCCUGGAUUGACCAUGCUUAAAGAUGAACCGGAUGAUUUAACGCAUCUGGCACCGACAGCGGGUGACGCUUGCAUUCCGUUGGAAGAAUCUGGCACCUUCUUCAAUGAGAUGUUCGAGGAUUUCAUCAUACCGGACAGCUACACGUUGCUCCAGGACGAGCUGUGUUCGCUCGACUCGCAGGACACACGGCUGGAAGCGUCAUCGAUAGUGGUACCGUCCGGCACCAUCGGCAUCCCGGUAUCCGUCAGCGACAGUCUCACCAACAGCCUCACCGUGGCCACGGUUGCCUCGUCAACACUGGGCUGUACCACGCCCGGCACUGACGGCGUACCGUCGCUUGUAAUGUCCAAUUCCGGUGCCGGCGUAAAUGGCAGUCAAACCCACCAGAACACCCAUUCGCCAAACUCGAACGCGUCGUCCUCGUCACCGUCGUCCGUGUCCUCGUCACCCGUGCCAUCAUCACCGAGCCGAUCCCACAUUUCGUCCAAUCCGAACUCACCGUCGGGUACGUCGGGACUCGGUUCAUCCGCUUCCAGCACGGUUUCGUCCGGUGACGGCCGUCGCCAUUCGACCAUCGGAGGCACCAAUCAACAUAACGCCACCAGCAACGACCCUUUCAUCAAUUAUCGGGACGAAGUGAACGAAGUUAGUCCCUCGCCGCAUUUACUGUCGCCUGGCAUAUCGAAGAGUCCCGAGAGCAGCAGCCUACCGUCUCUGUGUAGCCCGAACGGUUCCCUGCCAGAAGAUGAACUUGCAUUUAUGAGCCUUAACAUGGACGAGCUCGAUCUGUCAAUGCGGGCCCCGUACAUCUCGAUGAGCGAGGUGGACGAUCUACCGCUGCUCACCUCGGACGAUCUACUGUGGGGUGUACCGGCAGCCACGAUCGAAGGCAACCAUUCUGGCACAUCCAUCAGUGCGUUCGGACUUUCGGGGAAAUUCUUCAUCAAAGACGAAUUCAACGCACUCGGAACAUCACCGAAUGGUUCGUCGGAUAACAGUUCCCUGGUGGACCAACAAGAUCCAUCCUCCGGCGCAUUGCAAACGACUUCACAGCACUCCCUGGACAAGAGUAUCAUCGUCAGUGGAGUAGUCGACACGGUCACGGCUUCAAAUUCCUCCCCCGUUUCCAACACCAGCAACAGUUCCAUCGAACUACCCGCAAACACCAGCAAUAAUGACAGUAAAUCAACGCUGACAAUUGCACCCCCACCGUCAAUAGACUCUAGCCUGGCGGCGCUCUUAUGCGGGGGAAAUGUCAUCAGCAUACAAUCGGAAACGUCCAACGUGUCGCAACAAUCGCAGUCGAUCGGUAAUCAGAUGCUGCUAUCACACACAAAUGGCACCGUAAGUGCCGGAAACCAGCAGGAACAACAUCGCCACAACAACAACCAGCCACAACAACACCUCCACGAGCAGCAGCUGCAGCUAAGCAGCGCGCAACAGCGACAAGACACGGCACCAAAUGGAAAGCGCAUCAAGCUUUCGGAACAAAACCUCCUUCAACACUCCAUGGUUGUGCUGCCAGCAAACGUAAAGCUAUGUGAAGCAUGGAAGUUCGAUGAUUUGUUGCAGCUGAACGGAACCGUUACUACCAAUGCGAAAGGAACCACGCAACAGGGAAUCGUACCGCAGACAAACAUUAUCGCAUCGUUCGUCACUACCGCUACGAAAAAGUCCAUCGGUACUGGCGGUGUGAAUGGAAACAAUAAGCGCACCCUAGCCGGUGUUAGCGAGUCUGCCGGUGACAACGGAAGCAACUGCAAGCGUCUCAAAUCGUCCGCCUCAUCCAAUGCGCCAGGAACACCAUCGUCAGCGCCGCAGCUACUGCAGCAGCUAAUGGCCCCAUCACCGGUACCACAAAAGCUAAAGUCCAAGUCGCGAUCGUCGCAGGAUGGUACCUCUGGUGGACGCUGGCCAAACGGUCACGCGGGCAACAAUGGUGGACUGCUGCAGGAACAGUCGGGCAAUUCGGUGCUGAUGAAUCUGCUCGUCAGUGGUUGCGAUCAAACCAUCCCCUUAACUCCACCGGAAGUUUUAAUCGAGAACGAUUUGGAACUUUCCCCAGAUGGCAACGAAAUGCAGUGCGACAACACGACCGGUGACAUGGUUUUCAACCUUGGUGACGAGGAUGACAGUGGCGUGCUGUUCAGCUCGAUCAAUCCACUGAUCGGUGGCCAAAGACCACUGAACGAUCAGAUUGUGCGUCCGCUCACGAUCCAGACGGAUUCCAUCCUUCCGGGUACGAUCGAUAAUGGUGCACAGGGCAACGGUGCUGACCGAUUCCGUGGAUCCGGGGAGUUAUUCAACACAUCUUCAGCUACCUCAAACCAGCCAGCGACAACAGGCACAUCGACGGUGGACGAAUUCUCGAUGAUCGUUUCGCCCAGCUUGCUGACACCGACCGAUCUGGAAAUAUGGCGCGCCAUCCAGCAGGGUCAGUUCGAUCCGAAAAAGAUUCCAUCGCCGUCCGUGUACGGCACUGCGGCUGGCGGACACAUUCCGAAGUCGCUGUCCAGCACACCGACCGCACACCUUUCGGCCGACCUGCUCGGUGGCGAGCCUUGCGAGGCAAAUCUGUUCGCUGCUCUCGGCGGUGAUCUGGACAGCUUGGACGGACUUGGAGCAACCCAUGGUAACCGUAUCGGUGCGUUCCGGACGAUUGCAGCAAACGACGAGGGUGGGCUACACCAGGGGAUGUUGAUUUGA